AAUGGAGAGAGGGCAAUGGCAGAAGGCAGGUGUUAUGAGUACUCUUUAAGGAAUUUUCAGCUUCUCCUCUCUCGUGAUCUCUCUCUCUCUCUAAAACCAUCAGAUAUAUUAUCACCCUUUAUGAAUAUAUAUAUACACACACACGAUCUCCAUAUAUAAUUAUUCUAUAACACGAGCCAGAGCUUUCGAUUCGGAGAGGUGUGAACGAAGUGUUCUUUUGGAAAAUACAAAAAGGGUUUUUUUUAGAAGUCUCUUCAAGUUUGGCCGGAGAAACUGAAACAAAAAAAAAAAGAAGCAAGAAUCAUCAGGUGAAGAGAAACAAUGGUGAGCUGUGGAAGAAGUAACGGAGCCGUGAGACAAUACGUGAGGUCGAAGGUUCCACGGCUUAGAUGGACUCCCGAGCUUCACCACUGCUUCGUUCUUGCCAUCGAGCGACUCGGCGGACAACACAAAGCUACGCCCAAGCUAGUUCUCCAGUUGAUGGACGUGAAAGGGCUCACCAUUUCUCAUGUCAAAAGCCAUCUUCAGAUGUACAGAAGCAUGAAGAGUGAUUUGGGUUGCAGACAAGAUCAGAGGAGGCAAUUUACGGAAGAGUACGAUGGGUGUGUCGUUGAUCAUUCAUCCUUGUAUUCCAUCGGCCUCCACUCUUCCAUUCGCAAGAGAGCGAGAGGAGCAGAGAGGAAAAGAAUGUGGAGUGUAGAAGAAGAACACCAGAGGAAGAAUCAGAAUCAGAAUCAGAAUCAGUCGUACGGAAAAGAGAAUAUUGAUGCUCCUCCUCCUUUUAAUCUCCUCAAGAUGCCGGAGAAAGAAGAGGAGGAAGCAGCCAUCGGAGAGGGGCUGUCACUGUCGCUGCGAGGUCCGUACACGCAUGGAAGCAAUUGUUAUUCGACGAGCGAGACAAGCGCCGUUUCCUCGGCUUCGACCUCUCUUUUCAAACGCGGCUCUCCGCCCCCCGAGUCACCGUGUCAUCGUCAUCGCUACAUCAACUUGGAUCUCUCCAUAGCUCUCUCCGGCUGCUGAAACACCACUCCGGCAAGUUUUGUGCUUUGGACAUGUUUUCAUGCCGUUUGUAUAAUAUAUGCUCCCUGAGACAUUUACCCCGAACUACUUUCAAGUAUGUUUAUGGCAAUACAAAACAUUCUUAAUCCCAA